AAAUAGCUGGAGAACUUUGCGGUCCUUGUCCUUGGUGAUUUUACCUUCACCUAAAAUGAAAUUAUUUUAGAACCCUAGGGGCUAGGGUAUGUAGCUGGGUCGGCCUUCAAGCUCCUUCAGAUACAGAACCAGCACUAGAUUAUGAGCUCCGGCUCCUCCGUUCUCGACCUCGGUUGCGCCCCCGGCGGCUGGCAGAGCUUGGGUCCAUUACGUAACGGCGGCUCCAAAGAAGGUCAAGGUGCGAUUCUAGGGUUCAGACCAUCUCCGCCGGCUAAAAGGUCUUUCCCCCAAGGAGAACGGGUUCUGCAUGAUUCUCUCGGAUAUGUGCCUUGGAAGCAGAAUUCGCACGAUGCUUCUUCUUCGGAGUGUUGAAAGUUGGAGGGCACCUUGCUAUUAAGGUUCUCGAGAGUGAGGAUGCAAAAGGUUCUUCCUUGCUAGCUUACUUGUCUGCAUCAUAUAUGAUUGAUGUGUUGUUCAAUUCAAUUGCUUUUGGUUGUGUUUCUAAUGUGUUGUUGUUUGGUGGAAGACAUCGUGGCUCAGACCUAAAGCUACAAGGCCUUCGUCAAGAGAGAAUUAUUUGAUAUGUUCAAGGUUUAAAGCCAGAUGCUAAGAAUUGAGAUAUAGAUUCUUUUGCACUAUUUGUCCGGGGAAAUGUUAGGCAUCAAUUUGCUUGCAUUGCACAUCUUGGUGUCAUGAUGCUAAUUAUUGUCAUUGUGAAAUUCAUUAUUUUCUAGCUAGUAUUUUUUAUGCUUGUUACUUGUUAGACUACUGGUUAUAUGUAUGAGGAGGGUGGUGAGACUUGAGAGGUUAUGAUUAAUUUGUGAUUGCAAAUUUCCAAUGU